AUUUACCUAAAUUGACUCGAGAAAAAGUUCUUUAUUGACGCUUUUGUUUCUCGAUGGAAUCUUUAUAUAGUCGUGUCACAGACGUGUUUUCUACUUUCCCCGAAGGUUAUCUUCCCAAGUGGUUAUUGUUCACCUCUGCUCUUGGUAUCUUUAACUCUAUUCAAAACUUUUGCACCAGUUCUUUAACUAAACGCGUCUAUGCCAAUAAACCUGAACAAGUGACUCCUCUCAGUGGUCGCUUGUUUGCCACCUGGACUUGGUCUGUUAGUAUGAUUCGUAUUUAUGCUGCUUUCCAUCUUCAACAUAAAUUUAUGUAUGAUCUUGGUAUUUGGACCUAUGUGAUUGCCUUGACACAUUUUGUUGGUGAAUUGGUUGUUUUUGGUGGCUGUAAACUGAAUGGUCCUUUCAUGUCUCCCAUGAUUGUUGCUGUUUCCUCACUCAUUUGGCUUACUCAAGUCAAGGACCAAUACGUCAAAUUUUAUUAAGUAAUAAACAAGCUACUGUAG